AGCUCUUUCUUUGUCUUUGACACUAAUAAAAAAUAAUAAUAAUGGCGAAGCAAAACCUGUGUUGCCGCGAAUAUCUUUUUCUAACAAAUUAAAUUCUUAUUGUGCUAAGUGAACUUUCAGUAAUUCAGAUGAGAUUUUUCAAGAUAAUUUGGCAAAUUGUACUUGUGCUGCGCGUAUAAAUGUAAUAAUAAAUAUUUUUUGAAAUGGCGGAUUCGGUGCCUGUGUCUGACGUUUUGUGUGAGGCAAUAGAAUAUUUAUCAAAAUUUGGAUCGAAUUUACGAGUACGUUCUGAUAACUUGAAGGAGAAAAGAAUACGCAAAGAGAAAUUACGAAACACCCACGCAGUACAAAAGGCUGCAAGUAAAUUACUAUUAAUAUGUGAGUUGUCGAAAAAGUCCAUUGAAAACGUCGAAACUGGUAUCAAAAAAGUACUAAGGCAAAUCGAUUUCAAUAACGAACCAACCACAAGCGAUGGCGGGAAUUCAAGUUAUAGAUCGUCUAAGUCGGCAAAAAAUGUUAAUUACGAAUAUAUUGUAUAUAAUUCCCAAAGAUUACGAAUACGCAAAAAGGUCAAUAUGAAACAUUUCACGUCUGUAAAAGUUUUCGUUAAAGCCUUGCCGACUUCUACGAUGGAUAUGUACCGAUCGAAGAAGAAAAGUGUUAGGUUCAAAGAAGUGGACUCAGACGAAGUAGACAACAGUUCUUCAAAACUCACUGACAUUGUCAAAAAGGGAAUAAUGAAAAGUAGGAAAGAUCAAGAGGAUGAGUUAUCUCAAUCCCAAAUAGACCUUAAUUGCUUGGAAAACCAUACAAAUUUAAAUAUUACUGAUAGACAAGAACUGAUGGAUAAACAAAAUUCAAGGGAGCUAUCAGAAAAAGAUGGUGAUAAUGAAGCAGAAAAAAACACCAAUGAAAAAGCCCCUAAAGAUGAGGAUUUGACUUCAGGAACUAAACCUAAGAAUGAUACUAAAUGUAAACCAUCCAGUAAGUCUGGAAGGUAUAGACAAAUAUAUAAUAGCUCAGAAAGUGAUAGGAGUCAAAGUCCCAAAGUAAAUACUGAAAAGUGUGAUCCUGGUAAUAUUGAUAAGACUGACCCAGACAAAAGUAAAGAUAACACAAACAAAAAUUCCAGUGAAAAUUCACUAGCUUCUGAAAAUCCAAGUGAAAGAAAAAAUAGCUUUUGUGAUAUAGUAGAAUUAAAUGAUUCAAGUAAUGAUGAGUUGACAAACAAUGACUCUUGUAAAAAGGAGCCAGUAUCUAAUGAAUCUAAAUUAGAAGGCAGUCAUUUAGAUAAAGAUAAUGUAAACAUACCAACAAAUAAUGAUUCAGAAACUAUUAGUGAAAAAGAUUCACAGCCAAAACCCUUAAUAAGAUGUGUUAGUCUUGACAAGCUAUUGAAAAAAGAUGUUAAACCACCUAAUACAAAUGAAAAUAAAGACCAAAAUAGUUCUUCAAAAUUGUCUCAAAAUAAAACUUCUUCUAAAAAACAUGACAAAUCUUCAAUAAAAAGUAAUAACAAAAUAUCUAAAUACUAUCAAGGUUCAAACAGUUCUAAGAAAGUCCGGAAGGAGUCAUGUAAGGAAAAUGAAGAAGAAGAAUAUUGGGUUCAGAAACGUAAAGAAGUAAAAGAAUUUAGGCCCAAAAACUGUAUUAUUAGAGUAAAAAGGCUACCAGAAUUUUCCCAACAUUAUCUUUCUGUCCUUAAUUUGGGAAGGAUUACUCAAAAAGGUGUCACAAUUUGUGAAAUUCCGCCAAAAGUAGAUGAAGCGAGUGAAAAGCAUUCCAAAAUCCGUGACUCGCCUAUUGACAUAUCUUGUGCUAAAGAUGCUUUGUUAAAGGAUUCUGAUUCUGAUAAAAGCAAGGAUUUAGCAGACACACCUAGAAAAGUCAAAAGAGCUCUUCUUAAAGAAUCUGAGUCAGAAUGUGACGAAACACCCUCAGAGAUAACACCUAAAACAAAUAAAAAAGCAGUUCAGAAAUUAUCUGUGUCAGAUAAUGAUGAUGAUGUAAAUCAUUCUUCACCAGGGCCAGUAAAACCAACACUUCAAAAAGAUCCAAGGUCAAAAAAUAAUAAAAAUUCAUCAUCAGAAAGAAUAGCACAUGAACAUAAGUCUGGAUCAGAUAAUGAUGAAAACCUGUCAUUACUAAGACCAGAAAAGAAAGAGUCAGAGUCAAACAAUCCCUCACCAAAUGAACUUCAGAAAGAGUCAGGCUCAGAAAAGGACAAAAAUCCUUUGUCACCAACACCAGUCAUAGAAGAAGUACAUAAAGAGUCUAGGACAGAAAAAAAUGAUGAAAAUCCAUCAUCCCCAGCACCUAAAAAUGAUGAAAAGCAGACUAGUAAUGAUGAUCAAGAAAGUAGAAAUAACAAAACACCAGAGCCUGUAAAUCCACUUUCCGAGAUUAUCAGUGACUUGAAAUCUUCAUUACUAUUUGAUUCUGCAGAUGAAAACAAUAAAACACCAAGCAGGAAGACAGUACAGAACACUCCACCAUCCAAAAGGAAAACCAUAAUGGAGAGUAUGCAUGCUAAAAAAAUGUUGUUAACAUAUUCCUCAAGUUCUGAUACAGAAGAUGAACAAUUGAGGAAUGUUUUAAAAGAAAUUAGAGGUGACUUACUUAAAAAGCAUUCGAGUGAUGAAGAAAAUAAGAAAGUAAAGGAUAACAAUGAGAAACGCAUAUCUGAUUCAGGUGAGGAACCUGUUAAAGUCACAAAAAGGAAAAAGGAUGAUAAAGCAUCAUCUUCCUCUUCUGAAAGUAAGAAAAAUAAAAACAGAAAAUCUGCUUCAAAAGAUGAUGCUGCUAAAAAUUCAAGCAGCCAAGAUGAUGAUAAUACUGAAAAAAAAUCUAAUAGGAGUUUAAAAAAAAAGAUGGGGCCCUCUAAAAUGGUACAAAGCAGCAGCCACAAUUCAGAUAACGAGGAUAAUAAUGACAAAGACAUUGAUGGGCUAACAAAUUUACGAACGCUCAGAAGGAAGACCCGGCGGCGGCAUUCAACUUCCUCCGACCGCACCCAAAGCACAACCCGAUCACUAAGAAGUAAGAAGUCCAAGGCGCCGCAAAUCAGUGAGGAGGGAUUCUUGAAGGCUGAGGACAGUUCUGACGAGAAAGCCUCUUUAGGAGAAAGCGAUGUUGGAGAAGAGACGGAGCUGCCUGCAGUGUCUGCAUCUGUUUUGAACGGCGACGGUUUUGGUCAUCUUGCUAAAGAUGACUUGUUGGGUGAAAGUGACUCCUUCAGCUCAGAGCAGAAUAAGAGUUCACAGGAGGUCAAAGAAGAAGAUGAUAGUGAUGAAGAAGGCAUCAAGUCGCGACGUCGCAAAGGCAACGUGAUAUCGUCAGACUCCGAGGUGGGUUCUCGCAAGAAGGACGCGACUGUCAAGUUUAGCGAUUUCGAAGACUCCCAGAACGAUAGCUCGGAGCCCACCAAGAGAAAAAGGAAAAGGAUAAAGAGAAACGAUAGCGACGCGUCUUCGGGCUCCUCGGCUGGAGAAGGGAAGAAGAAGCGACGUCGUAUAAAAAACCUGGACAAUAGUGAUGGAUCUGGUUCAGACUCUGAAAAUGAAGGCAAAAAUAAACAUGGCAGGAAGAAUAUACGGAAGGUGAAAGGUACAGACCAAUUGGAAGAAGCGACGAAGAAAGCAGCGCGCCAAGAGAAAGAAAGAAUAGCUCGGAUAGCUGAACGGCAGAAAUUGUACAAUAAUUUCCUAUUCGACGAAUCGGGUAAAUCAGACGCUGUAGUACUGGAUAAAGUAGUUCUAGAUUUUGAUCCCGACACCAAGGAGCCACUCAUCGAGGUUGACAAAGGACUUGUUAAAAAGUUAAAACCGCAUCAGGCGAACGGUAUAAAGUUCAUGUGGGACGCGUGCUUCGAGAGCGUGAAGCGAAUAAAGAAGGACAAGGGCUCCGGGUGCAUCCUCGCGCACUGCAUGGGGCUCGGGAAGACCUUACAGGUGGUGUCACUCACACACACCCUGCUGACGCACAGUGAGUUGACGCGUGUGAACAGGGUGUUGGUUGUGUGCCCUCUGUCAACUGUGCUCAACUGGGUCAACGAGUUCAACAUGUGGAUCGAACAUGCCGAAUCAGACUAUGAGGUUGAAGUGUACGAGGUUUCCAAGGUCAAACCGAACGCGGAGCGCGCCUAUCAACUGCAGUUGUGGCUCAAACACGGCGGCGUGUGCGUGCUGGGGUACGAGAUGUUUCGCAACCUGUCGGCCAACAACGUCAAGAAGUUCAAAAAGAAGAUGCUGAAAAGCUUCCAGGAGUGCCUCGUGGACCCAGGCCCCGACUUGGUGGUGUGCGACGAGGGCCACUUGCUGAAGAACGAGAAGACCAGCCUGUCGCAGGCCAUGAACAGAGUGAAGACUCUGCGCCGCAUCGUGCUCACCGGCACGCCGCUGCAGAACAACCUCAAGGAGUAUUACUGCAUGGUGCAGUUCGUGAAGCCGAACCUGCUGGGCAAAUACAACGAGUACCUGAACCGCUUCGUGAACCCCAUCACCAACGGACAGUACACCGACUCCACGGAGCACGACAUUCGCAUCAUGAAGAGGCGCGCCCAUGUGUUGCAUAAAAUGCUUGACGGCUCUGUGCAGAGGCGAGACUACGGGGUGCUGGCGCCCUUCCUGCCGCCGAAGAUGGAGUUCGUCUUCUUCAUCACGCUCUCAGAAAUCCAGAUCCAACUGUACCAGCACUACUUGGAUAACUAUUCUAGAAGACCUCAACAGGGUGGCAAGUCGUUUCUGUUCUCAGACUAUCAGUCGCUACAAAGGAUAUGGACGCAUCCGCUUGUUCUCAAAUACAACUCUGAGAAAUACGAGAUCAUGCAACAGAAAAAGAGAGAUAAAGAGGAAGAAGAGGCAUCCGACGCCUCGUUGGCUGAUUUCAUUGACGAUAAUUCCACACCCGAGGAAUCUUCGUCUGAAGAAUCGGACAGUUCAUCAGGCAGUGACGAUAGUCGAAAGAAAGAAAAGAACAAGAAAAAAGAAGAUUCUGACAAAAAAUCUUCGAGACGGCGGGGAACAAGAUUAAAUCCUGUUGAAGGUUAUGAAGACCCGAUGGCAGUAGAGAACGACGCUCAACCGAAGGAAGAGAACCCGACCGAGUGGUGGAUGUCGCUCAUCAGUGAGGACGAGUUGGACGACAUGCGACAUUCGCACAAGCUGAUGGUGCUGUUCGAAGUGCUGCGCCAGUGCGAAGCUAUUGGCGAUAAACUGCUGGUGUUCUCACAAUCCCUGUACUCAUUAGAUCUGAUAGAACAUUUCCUGGGCAAAGUGGACGAAGCGACGCAGUCUGAACGAGUUGACGAGAAGUUAAAUGGACAUGUAGGCUCAUGGGCACCAGGAUUGGACUAUUUCAGAUUGGACGGUUCAACGUCUUGUGAAAACAGAUCCAUUUGGUGCAAGAGUUUCAAUAGUGAAGCUAAUCCCAGAGCUCGAUUAUUCCUAAUAUCGACUCGCGCGGGCGGGCUAGGCAUCAACCUGGUGGCGGCCAACCGCGUGAUCAUCUUCGACGUGUCGUGGAACCCGUCGCACGACGUGCAGAGCAUCUUCCGCGUGUACCGGUUCGGCCAGAAGAAGCCGUGCUACAUCUACAGGUUCCUGGCGAUGGGGACGAUGGAAGAGAAGAUCUACGAGCGCCAAGUGACGAAGCAGGCCAUAUCGAAGCGCGUGAUCGACGAGCAGCAAAUAGACCGGCACUACGCCGAGAACGACCUCGCCGAGCUGUACAAGUUCGAGCCGCAGCCGCCCACGCCGCGCGAGCUGCCGCCCCUGCCCAAGGACAGGCUGUUCGCCGAGAUGCUGAAGGAGUACGAAGCGCAGAUCUACAAGUACCACGAGCACGACUCGCUGCUGGAGAACAAGGAGGAGGAGACGCUGACGGAGGAGGAGCGCAAGGCCGCGUGGGAGGACUUCGAGAACGAGAAGACGCGCCCGCCGCCCGUGCCAUACAUGAACAACGGCAUGGUACAAGGUGUCCAAAUGCCGAUCCAGAUCCAGCAAAUGGCGAACGUGGCACUGGCGAAGAUAAUACGUCAGAACACGCCCAACGUCACUGACGAACAAGUCAGUACCAUGGUGCCGAUGAUAGCGCGAAGCAAUCCAAAGCUGAUGCAGGAGAUAUAUAAAAAUUUAUACAGUUUGGGUCAUGCGGGCAUUAUAAAUUCGAGUGCACAAGGAACGAAUCGACCGAUGAUGAAUCCAGCCCUAAACCAAGCGAACGGCAACAUGGCGACGGGCGUCAAUAUACCGAUCCGCAGCAACGUGCCGCUGGGCGGCGCGAUGUUGCCGUGGCAACAACAGCAGCGACAACAGCAACAGCUAGAAAUGCAACGCCGUAUGCAGCAGCAAAAGUUUCAACAGCAACGCCCAAUGGCGCAAGCGAAGCCCCCGGGGCCGCGGUGGCACGCCCCGGAGCCCGCCGGCGCCGUCGUCGACCUCGACUCCGACUGAGAUACCCAGGCGCGUGGCAUGUACAGCAAGUUGUCAGGACUGGUCCCAUCAUAAAACUAUGAUUGUAGGAAUAUAUUUAUAGUAUGCGCCAAACUUUGAGUCCGCUCUGACAUUGCAAAACGUCGGACAACGCAGGCAUUAGACCUCUCAACGAUGUUUUAUACUAGAAAUAGGGUACUAGCGCAUCAAAACUGAGAUGGACAAAUGUGUAUAAUUGUCUUAAUUUCAUUUAGUCUCUUAUGUCAAAUAAUACCUAAAUAUUGUCUACAAUGUCGAAUUGUAAUAUUUACAGUAUAAAUUAUCGUUGCUAACCCCGCUGCAUUCGUACACAGUAUACGCCUCAUGUUCAAAACGGACUCGAAUCGAGGAAAAAAUAAUUUAUAGUACGUUUAGAGACGAGAUAAAAUACGUAAGCAAAACCUAAACUAAUUUGCAUACGAAAACUGAGACAACUCUAUCCUCAUCUGUCGUGAGCAAUAAUUAAUAUGUAUUUAUUUAUUUUUAUAUUUUUAGCCGAUUUCUAAUGUAACAAAACUAUAAUAAAAGUUUUCUCCAAAUCAAACUUAAAAUAUCUGACAUGUUUUAAUUAUAAGUAACACAGUUUGUGCGCUUUGCGCCGACAAUGGAGGUGAAAAAAAAUCUCGGUUUCGUAAAAGGGUUUAAAACCCCCACUUUACACACUUUUUAAUUCAUGUGAAUACAUAAAUACAUAAGAAAAAUAAAAAAAAAAUAUCUGGCUUUAAUACAAAUCAUAUGACAUUCCCUAUCAGCUGGCCUAUUCACUAAUUUGGUCUUUAUUAUCAACUGAUAUGAUACUGUAUGAUAUUCACGACGGGUUGACAGAAGGCACCAUAUGACAUUUGUUACAUAGAAUCAGAAUUUCGUUUAUGUCAACUAACAAAAGCUCAAGUUAGUGAAUCGGCCUGCAGGUUGUCAAUUUGUUUACAUUCUUUAUCUCGUUUCAACAAACUUACUAUAGAUGUAGAAUGCAUUUACUUUUCUGUAAUAUGGACAUUGACCUCAUAUAAUAAAAGGACACACAAUCAUGUAGAAAAUUCCACUUAAAAACUGGCCAAUUUUGCAUUGACAGUUUCAGAAUUAUUGGUAAAGAAAAUUAUACCUAAAGUCCUUUAAAUAUAGUCCAAUAUUCAAUUAAAUCCCAAAUUCAGAGCAAAUUCAACAUUAAGAAUUGAGUUUAAGGUUGAAUUUGCAAAUGCGACUACUUGAGUUGAGUGCCAAGAAGUUGUAUUUGGCACUCAUUGAGUGGAGACGUUUUUUGUUCGCUGAUUGUGCCAUCUCCUUUUUAAUAGGAGAUCGAUGAAUAUGGAAUGCAUUUUAAAAAUGUGAAUUGUAUGAUAAUGGCAAAAUAAGUAUUUGUAUAUUCUUGAAUAUACAAAUAUUUAGUAACUAGGUCGUUAUAAUUUUUUAAUUUUCCCUAUUAAUGAGUGGUUUUCUAUAUUCAAAGAAUUAAACUGAUUGUAAAUAUUCCAGAAUUAUUAUAUAAUCUGAGAUAUAUAAGAUACACUUAGUAAUGAUGUACCUAAGUAAGUUUUAAUUUUAUUGUUGUUGUAAAAUUUUGACUAUAAAAAACUCGAUGUAUAUAUAAUUAUGCCGCCUUGUUUUCAUAAGUGGCAGGUCCUUUCAAAACUUGGGUCGGAUUGAAUAAUUCAGCUUUUAUUUGAAGAAAAUAUAGUUAAAUAUAGUAUAUUAUAAUUUAUAAUUCUGUUUGUGAAUUUACAAAUCCUGUGAUUGUUGAACGGAAAUGUCAUUUUCGUUAGUUUAAUUUUUGUCAUGUUUAUGGUAUGAGAGUUUCUUUUUCUUUUAUUGUCAUUUCUUUUCUUUUUUUUUGUGUGUGAGAUGUUGAUGUUAAAGAUUUCAUCUAGUUAUGAUAAAACUUGUUCAAGCUAAAUUUUAUCAGAACCGGAUAAGUUUUAAAAACACAUAAAUUAUUAAUUUUUGUAGACCUUAUGAUACUGAUGCAAAUUCCAAGAAUAUUAAUUACUUAUUUUCGAAAAUUAUACACUGAACUGCUUUGACGCGUAUUAAAUUAAACACUGAUUUUUAGAAGAGAUAAAAUCUCGACUAUGUACCUACUAAACUAUAGACAAACCAUAAAACUCUUGCUUACUUGCUCGGUAUAUUAGGUGCUCGUUGUGGAUAUGAGGAGCGAGAGAUUUGGGUGUUGACAAUUUUGUUGGCCAAAAAAAAACAAGUUAAUUUUUUAUUAAAUAACGCCCAUUCAUUCUAUCGCAACGAAAGAAAGCGAUAUUUGUAGUACGAGAUUCGGUAUAUAUGUAUAAGUAAUAUAUACUAUCUAUUUUUUUGGAAUAAGAAAUAAAUAAAUUAUAGAAAAUAUUCACAUUGACACAUUUCAAAUAGGUUGCUUGGUGAAAUUGCGCCCGGUGAGUAUUAAAUUACUAAUUUUUUUAUUAAAUUUAUUUAAUCUACUCGCCUCUCUGCUUAAAUAAUAAAAAUCGUUUUUCCAAAAUUAUCUUGUUAUUUUUUGGCGCGUAUCUUAGGCCUGCUCUCCAGUCCAGCAGGACUUGAGUCAGUUAUGUUUUGUAUGUCAUAAAGAUCGGCGCUCGUUUUGGCAUCUUACAAGUACGAUAAUUAGGUACCUCUUUGCUCUGGCAUCACUAUAAAAAAAUCCUUGAAAUCAAUAGAUAAAAAUAUUUAUUUGCUAAUAUUCUAUUGUUGAACCACCUUAUACUACAUUUAAAGUAUAGUCCGAAUAAAAAAAUCGCUAUUAAAACGCAAGAAUUACUUCUAUGACUCCUAACUAGCUAUCUAUCUAGUAAGGUUGCAAUAAACUAAGUUAUUGUGAUUUGUGGUGAUAAGGUAUAUCUUGUCAGGUUUUACAUAAUUGUUGUGUUGAAUGUUUAAGUUUGAAUACCUGUGCAAGGAAUGCUGUAACAGUUUAAUUAAUUAUUAUUUAUGUUUAAUUGAAACUGUAACAAACUGCCUAUUACUUACCUAUUUUGUUGUACUUGAUUAGUAAAUGAUUUUAAUAUCUUUAA